AUGUUGUUUGUAUUAACAGCACUCACAGCAUCCAGAAUUGUAAGACCACAUAGAUUGGUUCCAGUCCAAUAUCCAUAUCUUGUCAAUGAAAAUGAAGAAUAUUUCGAUGACUAUUAUCUUUCACAACUUGAUUAUGAUGAAUCAAAUAAAGGUAAAUUGAAGAAAUUUGCCCAGAAGGUUGAAAAAGCAGCUGAUGCCGCCGAAAGAGGAAUCAAGGUAGCCAAAACAGCUCAUAAGAUUUACAAGUGGGGAAAAAGAUUCUUCCAAGAAGCAGAAGAGAAUUCAUUCGAUCAGCCAAUCGAAUAUCAAUAUUAUGAAAAUGAGUACGAUGAUGAAGAUGAUCUCAAUGACUAUUUUCUUUCACAACUUGAAGAUGAAGGUGAAAACAAAAUCAAAGCAAAGAAACUUGCCAAGGCUGCAAAGACAGGAUACAAGUUAUGGAAGAUUGGAAGACUUUUCCUUGAAGAAGCUGAAUCAAACAAAGACAAGGGAAAGAAAUUUGUUAAAGGUGCUAAAAAGGCAUAUAAGGCUGCCAAAACUGCCCAUAAAAUUUAUAAGAUCGGCAAAAGGUUCUUCCAAGAAGCAGAAGAAAACUCUCUUGUCCAACCAAUCCAUUUAUACAGAGGGCCUUUAGCAUCGUAUCGAUUCUCAACUUCUCGCUAUCCAAUAAGGCAUCCAAAAGUUUUCUAA